AAAACAUCUUUAGCAGUGCCCUUGACUGUCCGCAUGUCAGUCCAGCUUCCUGUAACCCCAUGCUAAGCCGGUCGCUUAACUAGCAAGAUACAUUAAUUAAGAGAGAAGCUCAUUUAAAACUGCUUGUUAUAUCUACUUAUUUCAGUUUAGGAGACCUGACCUGACCCCCAGCUGUUGGCUGACAUGUCCCGUAACAGUAAGUCUCUGUUGUGUUUACUGCAGCGUUGUGUCGCAGUCAGAAAGGUAACGUUACCGAAAUGUCUCACAACGAGAUGGAGCAGCAACAGCAGCGUGUUGUCGGCCGGGUUCGGGUCCAUUCAGCAGCCGACACCAACACCCCGGGCAGUCUUUCAUCUGCAGUCCACAGUGAGAACCAGCCAGUACCGGUUCUGUACCAAGGCAGGAGAACCUUGGGAAGAUGAAUACCCACCGCUGCAGGCCUAUCAGCUGGAUCCAGAACCAGUGAAGAAGGAUGUGUACAUCAUGAAGGUCAAAGGUCUCCCCUAUUCGUGCUCGGCUCAGGACCUCCUGCAGUUCUUCUCAGAGUGUAGGAUCCGUGACGGGGUGAAUGGGAUCCACCUCACUGAGAACCGGAAUGGGAGGCCGUCGGGAGAGGCCUUCAUCGAGAUGGAGCACGAGGAGGACGUCAGAAAAGCUCUGGAGAAACACCGACAGUAUCUCGGCCCACGAUAUGUGGAAGUGUAUGAAGUGAACAACGGCGAAGAAGCCACCCUGAAGAAAGCUCUAGCUCAAGCUGAAGACGGAGUGGUGCGUCUCAGAGGUCUCCCCUACUACUGCAACAAGGAAGAAAUCGUCCAUUUCUUUUCAGGUUUGGAUAUAGUGGAGAAUGGGAUCACCUUCAUCAAUAACCGCAGAGGGAAAAACUAUGGAGAGGCCUUCGUGCAAUUUUCCUCUCAAAAAGAAGCCGAUAAAGCUCUGGAGAGAGACCGAGAGGUCAUCGGGAACAGAUACAUCGAGGUGUUUCCCAGCAGUAGUGAACAGAUUCUUUCAAAAUUGGGGAAGAGGCAGAAUGUAGUUUCUUCUUACACCGGCCCUCAGUCAGCAAACGAGAGGACCGUCUCUGCAUCACACACCGAACCUGGAUCCACUCCGAGCUCGGCCCUGCCGCUUCACUACAUCCACAUGAGAGGACUUCCUUUCCAGGUGUCCGGAGAAGACAUUGUAAAGUUCUUCGCUCCUCUAGUUGUGUCUAAGAUCGUGAUUGAGUGCAGUCCUCUUGGGCGGCUGAGCGGAGAGGCCGAAGUUCACUUCAGAUGCCACCAGGACUGCUUGACCGCCAUGUCCAGAGACAAACAGUACAUAGGAGAAAGAUUCAUCGAGUUAUUCCUGAACUCUGUCGUAGACUCCGAUUGAAACGGGUGAAUGUCCAAACACAGAUGCCAAACACACGUAAACGCACAACUAUGGAAUUUAAUGUCCAGCCUCACUAGGACAUCAAACAAUAAACAUUCUUGUGUCGGAAGAAAAAGUGCCUUCAUUGUCUGUAUCAAACAAGAGGGAGUCAUCCUGAUUACAGUUUGAGGUCAGUCAUUUCAGUGAAGGCUGAAUAGUUUUCUCAUUAUCCCUCACAUUAUAAUAGUGACUCGUGUUAAUUUAGAUCAUUAAGACAAAUUGUUCCAAUGAAUAAGCAGAUAGAAUAUUUUGUAAGUGUGACAAUGAGAAGAAUCCACACUUAAAAUGUAGCCGAGAGUAAAAGUAAGAAUUUCAAUUAUUAUUAUAAAUAAAUGCUAAAUUGUGGCGACUUUCACCAUAAACCUGAUGUCACAAAAUCACUUCAACUUAUGAAUCAAUUAACCACAUUUAAGAUCACUGUUGAAUGUACAGAAUGAUGGUUACAGUUAAAGAUAAGAUAAAACACCAAACUGGUUGAUUCACCUUCUGUAAUAACAUCCAAAUAUGUAUUUAUUGUAUAAUGUGUUGGGACUUUGUGAGCCAAUCAAAUCUCUGUAAAGAGCUUCAAAGUAAAAAGUUAAGGUACACAAAAACUAGCAUUGAAAGCCACUGUUGUGUUUCUAUCAGAAAUAAAAAGGUUGAUUUGAAUAGUAAAACUAAACCAAAGGGCUUUUUAUCUGGUCUGCAAAAUGUUUCUGUUCACAAACUAAAUAAAAGAAAUAUACAAAGCA